CCAGCCACAUACAAGGGUUUAAUGUCAACAAGUUGUCCUCUUUGUAUGGAAAAGUACAUAAUUUUUUGGCCAAACUCGUGCGGUGAGGUCAGAAAGCUCACAUGGCUACAGGGAACAGUUAGGUUUCUUCUAGUUGAGGCCAGAUUCUAAUAAAUUAAAGAAUUCUUAUAUACAAGGCAGCCGGACUGGAGUCUCAUAAAUAAUAAAGCUGCAUUCAAUCUUUAUAUUCAACCCACUAUAUUUCCCCAAUCUCUCUCCCCAAGUAGCUGGUCUCAAUCUUUUGACGGGCGAGCUUCUCGCCAAAAAAACACCCCUCCUAAUAUUUUGCCCAUCAUGGCGCAAAUAUACUCCCCUCGAUCUAUAUUACUGUGCAUGAUCUUCUUUUUCUCUACAAAUGUCCUAGCUAUAUCCGCUGUCCUUGGUAUUGACCUGGGUACCGAAUACAUAAAAGCCACUCUCGUCAAGCCCGGAAUACCCCUCGAGAUCGUCCUAACGAAGGAUUCGAGAAGAAAAGAAACCUCCGCUGUCGCUUUCAAACCCUCACAAAAUGCCCCCAAGAGCGGCUCAUAUCCCGAGAGAGCUUAUGGCUCAGAUGCCGUAGCUCUCGCAGCUCGAUUCCCCGGCGAUGUAUACCCCAACCUCAAAACCCUCCUCGGCCUUCCCAGCGACGACUCGAUCGUGAAAGAGUAUGCCGCAAGGCACCCAGCCCUACAAUUAGAAGCACACAAGACACGUGGCACGGUUGCAUUCAAGAGCAAGGCUACCGCGAAUGAAGAAGCAUGGAUGGUUGAAGAAUUAUUGGCUAUGGAGCUCCAGAGCAUCCAGCGCAACGCUGAGGCAAUGGCUGGCUCUGAUAGCAAUGUACGGUCUGUGGUCAUUACUGUCCCACCGUUCUACACUAUUGAAGAGAAGCGCGCUGUAGAGUUGGCUGCCGAGCUAGUUGGUCUUAAAGUCCUGUCAUUAAUCAGUGACGGUCUUGCCGUCGGGCUAAACUACGCUACGAGCCGAACAUUCCCCAAUGUGAACGAGGGAGGCAAGCCAGAGUACCACAUGGUUUUCGAUAUGGGUGCUGGUUCCGCUAAGGCAACUGUCUUGAAGUUCCAAGGCCGAUCAGUUAAGGACAUUGGCAAGUUCAACAAGACAGUUCAGGAAGUACAAGUUGUGGGAAGUGGCUGGGACAGGACCCUGGGCGGUGACGCACUUAACUACUUGAUCGUUGACGACAUGAUUGCCAAGUUUAUUGAGACGUCAGCUGCGAAGAAGACCUCAGUGUCGGCGGAGAGUGUCCGAGGACACGGUCGAGCUAUGGCGAAACUUUUCAAGGACGCCGAACGACUCAGACAUAUUCUCAGCGCCAACGUCGAGACUGGUACUAGUUUUGAGGGCCUCUACGAUGAUAUUGAUUUCAGAUAUAAGAUUACUCGCGCGGAGUUUGAGAAACUAGCUGAGGCACAUGCUGAGAGAGUCGGUGCCACAGUCCAAAAGGCGUUAGAUGUAGCCGAGCUUGAUAUCAAACAGCUCGACUCCAUCAUCCUUCACGGCGGUUCCUCCCGGACGCCUUUCGUCCAAAAGCAGCUUGAGAGCAUUGCAGGGAACGACAAGCUCCGGAGCAAUGUCAACUCCGAUGAAGCAGCAGUGUUUGGCGCUGCCUUCCGAGCUGCGGAGCUUAGCCCCAGCUUCCGAGUCAAAGAGAUCAGGAUCUCCGAUGGCUCAUUCUACCCGGCGGGGAUGAAGUGGACGAAUCCCCAGGGCAAGCCCCAACAGCAGCGACUCUGGACGGAACGAUCGCUUCUCGGCGCCGCGGCGAAGGAGGUCACUUUCACAAACCACGAAGAUUUCUCCGUCAUCUUCUACCAACAAUGGCCUUCAGCUGGAGGCGUGGCGGAAAGAGAAAUAAAAACUUUGGUGAUGAAGAACUUGACUGCUUCGGUCGCUUCUCUAGUUGAAAAGGGCUGCUCUCAUCCCGAUAUUCACUUCAAGGUCAAGCUUCGACUUAGCGCCGAAGAUGGCGAGGUUGAGAUCGAGAAGGCUGCGGUUGAGUGUGAAGCUGAAGUACAGGAGAAGGAGGGCUCCGUCAUUGAUGGCGUCAAAAAUCUCUUCGGCUUUGGGAAGAACAAGGAUCAACAACCCCUGAAAGAAGAAGGAGAGAGUACUGAUGCGGAAGCUUCCGAGAGCUCUUCGACUACUGAGUCCACUGAGACAGCCGCAACCUCUGUAGAUUCUAGCACUUCUACAACCGCGACGCCGGCAGCUGCUGAAUCCCCUGAGAGCAGCUCUACCCCGAAGAAAACUGAGCUUGUUGUAAUCCCAGUCAACUAUAUUACAGAGAAGGCGGGUAUCCCGAGUCUAUCGAAGGCAGAUCUUACUAAAGCAAAGGAUCGCAUCAAGGCAUUUGAGUUGUCUGAUCGAUCUCGACGGGCAAGAGAGGAAGCUCUAAAUCAGCUUGAAGGAUUUACGUACAAGGUUAGGGAUCUACUAGAGUCGGAAUCUUUUGUAGCUGCCUCUACCGCAGAGGAACGAGCUAAGCUAGAGAAGAAAGCUAGCGAAGCUAGUGAAUGGCUCUACGAUGAUGGCGCUGAUGCGUCACACGACGAACUCAAGUCUAAGCUUAAGGGUCUAAAGGAUCUUGUUUCUCCUAUUGAGAAAAGAAUUGAAGAAGCGCGAAAGAGACCGGAGUUAAUCAAGGGUUUAAGAAGCGCGCUCGACCAGACAACCACAUUUAUUAAUACCAUCAAGGAGAAGAUUGCCGAGGCAGAUUCAUACAGAGCAUCUGUCAGUAGUAGUGCUAGUUCGACAAGCGAAACAAGCUCUACUAUCACUGCAGCCCCUUCGAAAGAUGCUGGUGAUUUUGAUGGCCUUGAGGAUGAAGAAACAACACUAUCGACAACAGCCACCGCAACGGAGGAUCGCGGUCCAGUGCCGCCUCUUUACACCAUUGACGACCUUAAGGAGAUUACAGAUCUUUCGAAGAGUAUUAUUGAUUGGCUAGAAGAGAAGCUUGCCGAACAAGAAAAACUCCCCGAGACGGCCAACCCCGUGAUACUAGCUAAGGAUAUUGAGGAAAGGACGAAGAAGCUUGAGAAGGCGGGCGUGGACCUAGCCAUGAAGAGUGUCAGGAACUUUGAUAAAGGCAAGAAGAAGAGCGGCUCGAAGAAGUCGAGCAAGCCUAAAUCCAAGAAGGCAUCUACCAAGACGGGAAGCGACAGCUCCGAGCCGACGGUAGAGCCUAAGGACGGGGAGAACUACAUCAAGUUCGGAGAAGAUGGCAAGGGCCCGUCAGCGGAAGAGAUCGAGGAGAUGAUCAGGCGCAUGUCUAAGGAACAACAAGAUAAGGAGGCGAAGACAAAGACAAAGCAUGAUGAGCUGUAGUAUAAACAGCAGAUAGAUAUUGACGAAUGAUAUGACACAUCUACCAAAGCUUAGAUAUUUUGAUUACAAUGCCCUACCCAACUACCCAGAUAUGUAACAGGAUUACAAGAGAGCUCCAGGU